CGGACAGGUGUCGAACUAGGCGCGGGGGCUUUGCCGCCGGUCCGGGCAUGAAGGCAAUAGUAGACUGGAUGUAAGCCCCUCUUCCCCGCUGUCUCUCCCCCCCUCCUCCUUCUCCUCCUCCUCCCUCCCUCCCGGACCAAAGAUGGCGGGCGGCUCCAUCACACUGCCCACUGUCAACAUGGCGGCGCGCAGUCACGGCCGGCUCCUAUGUCUGGUGAUGAUGAUGUUGCUGUCGCUGAGCAGUUGCCUGGCCGCCGAAGAGGAGGACGCCGAGACUGUUAUUAUCGGGCUGCGGCUGGAAGACACCGACGACGUAUCGUUCAUGGACGGCGGGGCGCUGCGGGUCAGCGAGAGGACCCAGGUGAAGCUGCGGGUGUAUGGGCAGAACAUCAACAACGAGACGUGGUCCAAGAUUGCCUUCACCGAGCACCCCCCGCCCUGGGUGACCGGAGGGGGACCGGACCUCGGCAGCGGCCAGGAGGGCUUCUACCCCUGCGGGAUCCGCACGUCGGACAUGCUGAUCCUGCACCACAUCGAGCUGAGCCGCAGCAGCUCCGGCAUCGUGGAGAUCGAGAUCAAACCCCUGAGGAAGACGGAGAAGAGCAAGGCUUACUACCUGUGCACCUCGGUGUCCAGCCCCCCUGACAGCCCUGGUGCCCACCAGCCCUGGACCGAAACCACCUGGGUCUACCACUCUGGAGAUGACACCAGGGUCAUUGUGGUGGAGGAGAAGAAGUUCCUCCUGCCCUUCUGGCUCCAGGUCAUAGUCAUCGCCCUCCUGCUGUGCCUAUCUGGCAUGUUCAGCGGCCUCAACCUGGGACUCAUGGCCCUGGACCCCAUGGAGCUAAGGAUCGUCCAGAACUGUGGCACCGACAAAGAGAAGAAUUACGCCAAGAGGAUUGAGCCGGUUCGCCGCCAGGGCAACUACCUGCUGUGUUCCCUGCUGCUGGGCAACGUGCUGGUCAACACCACCCUGACCAUCCUGUUGGACGACAUCGCCGGUUCGGGGCUGGUGGCCGUAGUGGUCUCCACCAUUGGCAUAGUCAUCUUCGGCGAGAUAGUGCCCCAAGCCAUCUGUUCUAGGCAUGGCUUGGCAGUGGGAGCCAACACAAUCUUCUUGACCAAGUUCUUUAUGAUGAUGACCUUCCCCGCUUCUUACCCGGUCAGCAAGUUGUUGGACUGCGUCCUAGGACAGGAGAUAGGGACGGUGUAUAAUAGGGAGAAGUUGUUGGAGAUGUUGAGAGUGACUGACCCUUAUAAUGAUCUGGUCAAAGAGGAGCUCAAUAUUAUCCAGGGGGCUUUAGAGCUCAGGACCAAAACGGUAGAAGACGUCAUGACCCCGUUAAGAGAUUGCUUUAUGAUGGCUGGAGAUGCCAUCCUGGACUUCAACACCAUGUCCGAGAUCAUGGAAAGCGGAUAUACCCGCAUCCCGGUCUAUGAAGGGGAAAGGUCCAACAUUGUGGACCUCCUCUUUGUCAAAGACUUGGCCUUUGUGGACCCUGAUGACUGCACGCCUUUAAAGACUAUCACCAAGUUCUACAAUCACCCUCUACACUUUGUCUUCAAUGAUACCAAGCUAGAUGCCAUGCUGGAAGAAUUCAAAAAAGGCAAAUCCCACCUGGCAAUAGUGCAGCGAGUGAACAAUGAAGGAGAAGGAGACCCGUUUUAUGAAGUCCUAGGGAUUGUUACCUUGGAAGAUGUUAUAGAAGAAAUAAUCAAGUCUGAAAUCCUAGAUGAAACAGAUUUAUACACUGAUAACAGAACAAAAAAGAAAAUAACCCAUCGAGAGAGAAAACAAGAUUUCUCCGCUUUUAAGCAAACCGACAAUGAGAUGAAGGUUAAAAUAUCACCGCAACUUCUCCUGGCUAUGCACCGUUUCUUAGCAACAGAAGUGGAUGCCUUUAGCCCCUGUCAGAUGUCAGAGAAGAUUCUUCUGAGGCUGCUCAAACAUCCAAAUGUCAUCCAGGAACUAAAGUUCGAUGACAGGAACAAGAAGUCUCCUGAAUACUACCUCUACCAGCGUAAUAAGCCGGUGGACUACUUUGUGCUGGUUUUACAGGGGAAAGUGGAAGUGGAAGCCGGGAAGGAAGGGAUGAAAUUUGAAGCUGGUGCCUUUUCAUAUUACGGCGUGAUGUCACUCACAGCAUCACCAGUUCCCUUGUCCCUGUCUCGUACCUUUGUUGUCAGCAGGACAGAAUCGUUAGCUGGUUCUCCAGCGGAGAAUAAGUCACCACCCCGCCCUUGUGGACUAAAUCAUUCGGACUCUCUAAAUAGAAGUGAUCGAAUCGAUGCCGUCACACCAACGCUCGGGAGCAGUAACAAUCAGCUAAAUUCUUCGUUUUUGCAAGUAUAUAUUCCCGAUUAUUCCGUGAGAGCCGUAACGGACAUGCAGUUUGUCAAGAUUACAAGACAGCAGUACCAAAAUGCCCUGAUGGCUUCACGAAUGGACAAAACCCCACAAUCCUCAGACAGUGAAAAUACUAAAAUUGAAAUGACUCUAACAGAGCUACAUGACGGGUUAGCUGACGAAACGGCAAAUCUGAUAAACGAACAGAACUGUGUUUCACACAAGUCCAAUCACAGUAUGCACAACGAAGGGCCCAUCUGAGCCAGUGACAUGCAGCUUGCUAAAAUUCAGGACUAUCUCCACUUCAUACUUCAGCUUCAUUCCUGGAUUCCUGUCUCUGCGACUGAAAAAACCACGCUGAGUACGUGCACCUGCCACGUAUCAUCCAGCAUCCUGAGACCAAAGAUUCUGAGCCCAGCUGUGGCAGGACCUGAUGAGCUUAAAGUGAAAGCAUUGGAGACACGCUUCUUAACAGAGAACACGUAAUAAGAUAGGGAUUGGUGUAUGAGACCAAAUAUGGUAGUCGAAAAAGAAAGAAAUAUAGAUUUCUUUUCCCCCAUUUCUCCAAAUUCACUCCAGUUUUAUUGCGUUUUUUUCCGUAAAUGUAUUACUGAACUCCCUGCUUAUGUCUGUCUACAUUGACAAUUCGGUGUAUGCUAACUGUCUUGGAAGCAGUUGCUAAGUCAAAAGCUAUUACCAUUGUGAUGGGAUGAUAUUUAAGGUGAUAUUAGAACUAAAAAAUGUUUGCAACAUGAGCAGACUGAACAAUGCAUACAUUAAAAGUGCUCAAAAGUAAUAUAUAAAAUAUAUUUUAGAUAAUAUAGAAUUAUUUUUUUCUAUUUAAUGCAACAUUUGCCACUUCUGAGAGACCCAAUGGAGUUCCAGACAUAGAAUAGGUUACCUAAUAUAGUCUACCCUGAGAAUGGUGCUGAUAUAAAAGAAUAUCCCUUAAUAUGUGUGGAUUAUCCAUUGAAAAAUAAACUGUAAACUUCCUUCAACUGAGCCAUCUUGUCCUAUAUGCCACAAUGUGGCCAGAUUUACAACCCAUAAAUUGUCACGCUAAAUUUGCCAAACGCUCCUCCAAAUUAAAAUCUUUGCUGUCCAAUAAUUCUGUUGUCUACAAUUUCUGCUACAUGUCCAGUAUUAGUUAAAGGCAAUUUUCAAGUUUGUUAAAGAGGGUAAAUUUUUUGGCAAUAUCUGCACCACUCUUGCCCCUUUGGCUGUCUCUAGUUUUGUUGCCAAGGUCGAAUGAUGCUUAGAUGUAAUACCACGUGUGCCGUUGGACAAGAGUGAUGGUAUUUCUGGAGAAAAAAGAAAUUGACUUCUCUAAGGAGAUUUUUUACACGGGACAGUGAUUGGGAACGAACGUUUUGUUCACUCGACCAUUGCCCUGUGUAAACAUGCCACAGAUGACUUCAUAGAUUGCUUGUUUGUUGGGUGAUCGCAUCUUUUAUGCAGUAUUAAAAAUCAUUGUUUCUCAGCAGUACAUCACCUUAUGUAAACUGGGAUAUGCUAGUAACAGUAAUGGAACUGCAUGUGCCCGAACAGUCGCUUUACCGAUGGUCCAGGCACAUGCAGUGUCUUUGAUUGGUCUAUGUAAGUGU